GAAUGUUUGCUGGGGUGGUGAAUAGACUGACAUUCAGGGGCUGGUACAGUAUUUGAAGAAGAGAGGAGCAGUCUCUCCUUUAUAUGACCUGGAAGUGGCCCCCCUAGCUGACUGGAAAAAAGGGCAAAAAGAUUAUGCCAAUUUAACUUAAAAACUCUCAAAUGGCCUUUGGACAUCCACCACAAAUGAAUGCCCUGCAGAUGUCAUGGCAGCCUCAGUAUCGAAGCUCAAAGUAUCGCCAUGUAUUUGGAAAGCCUGCAAACAAAGAGAACUGUUAUGACAAUGUGCCUAUCACAAGAAGUGUACAUGACAACCAUUUUUGUGCUGCAAAUCCCAUUUUCAUUGCUGUAGUGACGGAAUGUGCGGGUGGAGGAGCCUUUAUUGUAAUUCCUAUACACCAGUCAGGAAAACUUGAUUCUCAUUAUCCCAAAGUUUGUGGUCACAGAGGGAAUGUGCUGGACAUCAAGUGGAACCCUUUUGAUGACUACGUAAUUGCUUCCUGCUCCGAGGAUUCAUCUGUAAAAAUUUGGGACAUUCCAAAGCCUUACUCAACCAAGAAUAUAACUAAUGCCAGGAAAGAGCUUCUGGGUCAUUCCAGGAGAGUUGGUCUUAUUGAAUGGCAUCCCACAGCAAGCAAUAUUAUUUUCAGCACUGCAUAUGAUUAUAAGAUCAUGAUAUGGAACCUUGACAAUGAUGAUCCAGUAAUUCAUAGUCCGGUCAGGACAAUAGAGUGUCAUAAAGAUGUAAUUCUUUCCAUGUCAUUUAACACAAAUGGAGGUCUUAUGGCAACUUCUUGCAAAGACAGAAAAAUUAGAAUAAUUGAUCCCCAUAAUGGGCGUGUAUUACAGGAAUCUGAUGGCAAAACUCAUAGAGCCAGUAAAGUUUUGUUUCUAGGAAAACAUAAAAAGGUUAAAUCUACUGGAGCAUCUCGAUGGAACAAUAGACAAGUUGCCCUUUGGGAUCAAGAUGACCUUUCAGUGCCUUUACAUCAAGAAGAUAUGGAUGGUUCCUCGGGACUGCUCUUCCCCUUUUUUGACAAUGACACGAAUAUGGUGUAUUUGGUAGGAAAGGGAGAAGGGAAUAUUCGAUAUUAUGAAAUCCUUCCUCAGAAGCCUUACUUUCAAUACUUGAAUGAAUACCGUUCCAACUUACCUCAAAAAGGAAUUGGUACUUUGCCAAAGAGGGGUCUUGACGUAUCCACCUGUGAAGUGUUUAGAUUCUACAGACUGAUCACUGUAAAAGGACUAAUCGAACCGGUUUCAAUGAUUGUGCCUAGACGGUCAGAAUCGUACCAGGAGGACAUUUACCCAAUGACAGCUGGAACACAGCCAGCCCUCACUGCACAUGAAUGGCUGAGUGGAAUUAAUAGAGGUCCUAUUCUGAUGUCCUUAAAGCCUGGCGUGAAAAUGUCUCAGACAGCUGUACCCAGCGAGGAGCCCAGAUUGCCUGCUAAAGAGCCAAAGAAAACAUACGAAGAAAAGGUUCCCACAAAGACACUCUGGGAAAUCGAGUACAAGACAGAGAUUAUCAGGGAAGACAGAGCAAAAAAGAGGGGCGCAGAACGAAAACUAGAAUCUAGGAACUCCUUUAUCUCCAAUGGAUUGGACAUGUUUGAAUGUCCUCCACCUAGGACAGAAAGUGAGUUAUUGCAAAUGUUCUACAAACAGCAGGACGAAAUCCGUAGAUUACGUGAACAACUGAGCCAAAGAGAUAUUCAGAUUCGACAGCUCGAAUUGGAAAUCAAAAACGUCCGCAACAGCGCAGCCCCCUACUAACUCUACUCCACUCACAGGCAAUAGAAUGUAACUUUCAAAAAUGCCUCCAGAAAACCAUUACUUUUUACUUGUAUGUGCAAAGGAAAGAAAAAUCACUAGCAAACUUAGCAAUGCUACAUGGUGCACAGAAUAUUUAUCAUUAUUUGUUACCAGUAUUUUUAUUAUAAUUAAUAUUGUUAAUUACAAUCAUUGUCAAUCCUAGUGGACUGCUUGGCCCAUAAAAAAAAAAAUAGGUGGGAAAUAAAAUGUCAGUGGCCAGGUGAAUGCCAAGCCUGCCUUUGACAAUCCAGUAGAGAAAACAAAGUAAUCGUAUAGUGAUAGCUUGCUAAGUCUAAAAACUGCUAGGUAUUUAUUGAUAAAAACCCUUAAUUUGCAUUCUGUGCUUCAAAAAUGUUAAUUGGAAAUCUAUUCUUAUGAUUGCAGUAAGAACAGGGAGAUUGGACCUUUUGGUAAAAGGCUUGCUGUAUCAUACCAAACAGAACAUUUCUUCUUUUUUUUUUCCACUGAUAUAUAUUUGUGUCCAAUAUAUGAUUUUAUUUAUCCAAAAAUUGCAUGGUAUACAGUUGGCUAGAGUGCGAGGCCACCUUCACAUCUUGGCAUUUUGUUGCUGGGUGUUACUAAAUGUGUGCUAACAUGGAUUCUAAAGUAUGUUAAUGUGCAUUGCAGUAAGGCAGCUAAUUGGAUAUGAAUGCGCUGCCAACACACCACAAUGCAACAAAAAUUGUACCUGACCCUCUGCGCAGUGCACAGCAAGUGAGUUGUGUUUCAGUGCAGGUGCAUUGCUUUCCCCUGUAACAAUGCAUUGCACUGUCAAUCAAAAUGAGCGGUUACUAUGCUUUUCCUAAAACAUUAUUGUGAAUGGCUCCUGGAGUGAAACUAGAACUGAUAAAGUGUAGUGAAUACCAAUCAGUGUUCACAUGCUUAGAUUGGAAACCAACAGGUUAUCUUCACAUUUUUUUUCAGACUUUGAAGCAGUAGUAAACUCUUUUUCUGUUUCAGUAAUGUUUAUUCAGUUUAAACAAGGAGUUAACAUGCAGCAGUUCUGCUCGCGUAGGGGCUAGCUUUGACAUUGGUAACAAAGGUUGGCUUGCAUAAUGGAAAAAGAGGC